AUGAAGCACACAGACUCGACCAGAACCAAGUCGUCCAAGAUUUCACAAAUCACCAAGCCUCUGAAGACAGCCUCCUCUCACCUCGACCAGAAGCUACAGAAGCUGAGGUCACGGGUGAGCAAACCGAAGACUGUGGGCGAAGCCAGCGAGAAACCAUCGUCCAUUUGCACCCCAUCGCCCGAGAUUGUCCAAGAGCCGACAGUCGAAGGCAAACCCACCGUCGACGCCGACACAACCAACAAAGAUGAUGUCAAGAAGGCAAGGCGGGACGCCCGGCGGGCGAAGUGGGCGGCAAAGCGGGAGUCAUUGAAGCGGCUCGCCAAGAAGGCAGGAAAGGCCGUCGUCCUCGUGGGUGCCGUCAUCCUCGGAUUCAUAUUCGGUCCUAUCAUUAUCGUCGUCGACCUCGUCCUGAGCCUGGUGGCCCUCGUCAUCCAGCUUGUGCUGCAGCUGGCGGGGCUCAUCUGCGCUCCGUUCCUUGUCUGUCUCGUCUAUGGCGACCGAGGCAAACAUUCGCUGGAUUUAGGUUGGAGCAUGGCGUUCAUGGAGUUUUGCGAAGCAUAA